AUGACCACAGCCCGUAGGCUCCAAGCCGCCGAUACUGCAUCAAUUGUUCAAUCUCAUCAGAAAGAUGAGCAGAUCGAGACUCUGCUGACGACGAAGCUCGAGGAUUUGGCCAAAAAACUGAAAAGCCAGUAUUUUGCCAAUGUUUACGGCACAGAAAUAAGUAUUGCGGCGAAAACUCUGUAUCUCUGCUUGAGUACGCUUCGCGGAAGAAGAACCUUGGGUGAAGAAUAUGUGAGUUUGGUUUAUUUGGACAAAAAAGGCGAUAAACUCACAAAUAUGAAGCAGCGUCUGCUGUUCAUACUUUCAUACACGCUUCUGCCGUACAUUUUAUCUAAAACUCUUAAAGUUCUCUCCAGAAAGUACAGUGACACGCAAAACUCCGAAAAAGAAGAGGAUGGGGAAAAACCGCAAACUGUCAUGCAACGCAAUUUGUCGCGGAUGCUCAAACUUAUUGAAGACCACGAUUUGAGAGUCAUUCUCAAUGCGAUUACCGAUAUCCAUCUGAUCGUCUUUUAUUUCAAAGGAUCCUUCUAUCACAUUUCCAAGCGCAUUUUUGGUCUGCGAUACUUUACUGCACGUACUCUUGAUGAGUCUGAAGAGAAAUUUAGACAGUCGAGCGAUCAAACCUACAAAAUUUUGGGUAGCUUUUUACUUUUGAAAAUCAUAUCAAAGGAUUUGCCUGAGUUUUGGAAUUGGUCUAAGAAAUCAGUUUUGAAGGCAGAUGAAAACAAAAGAAGACCUUCCGAUGACCAACAUUCACUUUUACUGUCCGAAAUUCCUCCCGACGAUCAAGUCGAUCAUAUACACCUUGAAGAUUUGGAGGAAUUGCCGUUCAUAAAAGAAAGCUCCCGAAAAUGCAUUUUAUGCCUGGAGUGGAUGACAGAUCCCAGUUGCGGACCAUGCGGGCAUGUUUUUUGCUGGCGCUGUCUUCUCGACUGGUCGCAAAAAAGACCAGAAUGUCCCCUCUGUCGACAAACUUGUCGCAUGGAAAGCAUUUUACCAAUAAAAUAA